CCCUGAGCAGAGCCGGCCGGUGCAAGAAUUUUGCAAUAGUUUUAAACUAUUUAAAGCAUCAAGAAAGAGUUUGACUGGAAAGAUAUGGGAUUAUUUUUCACUCUUUUUAUACCAACAAUCAUUAUUGCUCUCCUGCUAAUAUAUAAGUUUCUUCUUAGACGGAGAUUUCCUGCAAAUGUGACCUGUUGGUUCUGUGGAGGAAAGACUGAGGUUCCUUAUGAUAACAGAAAUUGCUGGGAUUGCCCAAGCUGUGAGCAGUACAAUGGAUUUGAUAAGGAUGGAAGUUACAACAAGCCAAUUCCAGCACAGUAUGAUGAAAGACUAAAUAAACCAAUCAAAUGUCAGGAGGAUGACUUCAUUGGAGGUCACAAUGUCCUAUGUGACAGGUGUACCCAGAAUCAACUACUCAAGAUCAAACAGCUGGCUAAUUUUAUCCCAUAUAAUGAGAAAAAUUAUGAUGAAGAGGUGGAUGCCUUUAAGCGACACAUUGAGAAAGUAUAUCGGUUGUGUUUGCCCUGUGAGAUCAAAGUGCAGCAGGAACUGCAGCUACAGGAUGAAGCAAUAUCCAAGCGUUUCUGUCACCUAGAUGAUCACAGAAGCUUUAUGGAGACUGCACAAGAAGAACAAACAUUCCUGCAUGCCAGUUACACAGACAGAAGGUUUAACAAGUAUAUCAUGGCCAGUAUUAUACUCCAUACUAUAUCUCUGGUGUGCAGUGUUCUUGUUGUUACCAAGGAGAUCAGUUUAGAUGGAGACCAGGCCUGGCAAAAACAACUUCUGUUUCUACACCCCAUAUUACUGUGGCUGGAUAAAAAUGCUGAAUUUUUGGCUGUGUUGGGAUUGAUGUCUGGGGUAGCAGCUAAAUUAAGUCUUGGGAAAUACAGGCUUCAUAUUAUUGAUGCUGUAAGCUGCCCAGUCUGGUUACUUGUAUUACUGUCACAGACUGGUUUUCUGAUUUUUCAUGAGACUGGUUCAGUUUAUCACAUCUGUAGUCUGGUUCUCAACUGUGUGACGUCUGCAGUAUGUCUGGGAAUUAACAGAAGGCGGAGGGACAGACCCAAUCAGAGUAUGAUGAAGUAA